AUGGCCCUGGACCUCCAAGACGGCUUCGUCGCCGCCAAUGGCGCCCCAGCAGAUCUCGAAGAGCCCAUCUUCACUGUAGAGCGCGUUCAGCUGCAGUUUUCGGUGGCUGCCGAUUUCGUUGCGGCCCAAGUUGCCAAUAAUGUCAUCGUCCUCGCCCUUUCCAAUGGACGCAUCCUCCGUAUUGAUCUAGAACGACCUGAGGAUAUUGACGAUAUCGACCUGCCCAAGAAACCAUCCGAGAUUGGCAUGAUACGGCGCAUGUUCCUCGAUCCUACAGCAUCACAUCUGAUUGUUUGCACCGCCCUCGGCGAGAACUAUUACCUCCAUUCCCAGUCAAAACAUCCCCGACCACUUGGACGCCUCCGAGGCGUUUCGAUCGAGAGUGUAGCGUGGAAUCCCUCGUUGCCGACAGCCUCGACACGUGAGAUAUUGAUUGGUGCAUCUGAUGGCAAUAUCUAUGAGGCCUUCAUCGAGACGUCAAAGGAGUUUUACAAGAAGGAGGUUAAGCAUCUAAAGAACCUGCACAAACUUCCCGAUGGACCCAUCACAGGAUUAUGGGUAGACAACCUCCAGAAUAACAAGUCCGACCUUCGGAGGGUGGUAAUAGCAACUCAGACGCGCUUGUUCCAUUUGGUUGGGAGAAUAGGGUUUGGUCAUGACGGCUCAGGGUCUGUUUACACCAGGCUUUUUGAGUCGGAGCAGCCAGUUGUUCACGAAUUAUCACGGACAGCGUCAGGGGCGCCUUCAAGUCUCGCGGUUUCUCCUGACGCGCCCGAGUCGGGUCCAUACGAUGACGACGUUCCUGAUCGAGCAUAUGCCUGGUUAUCCUACCAAGGCGUGUUCCAUGGCAGACUAUCAAAUACGCCCGCAGACAGCAACCUCGGCACCAAGGUCUUUUCAGAGUCGAAGAUGCUCUCCAGGGCUCAAAUUCUUACACCUGAGAACAGCGAGCGGCGAGUUACAUCGACUGAGGCAAUCGAUGCUAUCGUACUCACGCAGUGGCACAUUGUUCACUUGGUUGGGGGGCGUGUGAUUACAACCAACCGUCUCACGGGAAAGAUGGUUUCUGAACACGAUGUGAUCGGCCAGGGGCAAAAGCCUCUGGGCUUCUCUGUGGACAUGCAAAAGAACACAUUCUGGCUAUUUACAUCGGACGAGAUUUUUGAGAUUGUGGUCCGUGACGAGGAGAGAAAUAUUUGGGAGAUCAUGACAAAGCUACAGCAGUUUGAGCCAGCUCUACAACAUGCCCGGACACCACUGCAGAAGGAGAUUGUUGCGGCUUCGUACGGUGAUCACCUUGCCAGCAAGGGGCAUUGGCUUGAGGCUGCCACAGUCUACGGUCGCAGCAAUAAGCCUUUCGAGGAUAUUGCCUUGAGCAUUAUCGACAACAACCAACCAGAUGCGUUGAGAAAAUUCCUGCUGACAAAGUUGGCCUCGCUCAAGAAAUCAGCCGUGAUGCAGCGCAUGAUGAUUGCGGGCUGGUUGAUCGAGGUGUUCAUGUCCAAGCUCAACUCGUUGGAUGACACGAUAAAUACACAGGCUGAGCCAGCAGAACACCACAACUCGACCGAAUCUCGUAAGCUGCUCGAAUCUGUCAACAAAGAAUUCAGAGACUUUGUUGACAAGUACAAGAGCGAUCUCGAUCGGAAAAUGGUAUACGAUGUCAUUAGCAGCCAUGGCCGUGAAGGGGAGCUUCUCUACUUUGCGAAUGCGGUCAACGACUACAACUACGUUCUCUCUUAUUGGGUACAGAGGGAGAGAUGGGUUGAUGUUCUGAAUGUCCUGAAGAAGCAGACAGACCCCGAAGUAUUUUAUCGUUACAGCAGCGUUCUCAUGACAUACGUCGCACCAGAGUUGGUUGAGAUCUUGAUGAGGCAUUCCGAUCUCAAACCUCGAAACCUCAUUCCUGCAUUCCUCCAGUACAACCGGACAUUUACGGGUGGGCCAAACGCACAGAAUCAGGCUGUAAGAUACCUCAACUAUGCGGUGUACCAACUCAAUUCAAAGGACGCGGCCGUACAUAACACCCUUGUGUCGAUUUACGCAUCCCAUGCGUCAAAAGAUGAGUCAGGGCUUUUAUCAUAUCUACAAGCACAAGGUGAUGAGCCUCGCUACGAUCCCGAUUUCGCCCUUCGACUUUGCAUUCAGCACCACCGAACACUAUCGUGCGUCCAUAUUUACACUAGCAUGGGACAAUACCUUCAAGCAGUUGAUCUGGCUCUCUCGCAUGGCGAGGUUGAGCUAGCAGCAGUUAUUGCCGACCGCCCCAUGUCAAACCCACAGCUGCGCAAACGUUUGUGGCUUGCGGUAGCACGGAGGGUCAUCUCUCAGUCGAACGGGAUUAAGACAGCUAUUGAGUUCCUCAAGAGGUGUGACCUGCUCAAGAUUGAGGAUCUCAUCCCGUUCUUCCCUGAUUUCGUUGUCAUUGACGACUUCAAGGAGGAGAUUUGCGCCGCGCUGGAGGAUUACAGCCGUAAUAUCGAUAACCUGAAGAAAGAGAUGGAUGAAUCGUCGCAAACUGCUACAAAUAUCAAGGUUGACAUCGCUGCGCUCGACCAUCGUUACGCAAUCGUGGAGCCUGGAGAGAAGUGUUAUACCUGCGGGCUGCCCCUGUUAAGUCGACAGUUCUUUGUCUUUCCCUGCCAGCACUCAUUCCACUCGGACUGCCUGGGCCGCAAGGUGCUGGAGCAGGCAGGUGUCGGGAAGUCAACACGGAUCAGAGAACUUCAGACACAGAUACAGAAGGGUUUGGUAAGCGGCGCACAGAGAGAGACUGUGGUAGCGGAACUGGACGCUCUUGUUGCGUCUGCUUGUAUUCUUUGCAGUGACCUCGCUAUCAAGAGGAUUGAUGAGCCCUUCAUUACACAUAACGACAAUGUUAACGAAUGGGUUUUGUAA